UGUGUACUAGAAACAAGACUGCAGUAAACUACUAUUCUCCGACGGCUGUUUGUAGUUCGGCAGAAAUUAUGAAAUUAUGGCGGCGAUUUUAACCUUACAAGGUAGAGGUCUGGAUAUAAAUCUUUCGGAUGUCAAACGUGAUUUGCAGAAAAGUAUCACAGAAUGUUCACAAAGGGGGCUUUCACAAAGUGUGAAAUGGUGUGCCGAGUUAUCGUUUGCUCUGAAAAGUGUAAAGCCCACACCCUUGGAACAAGUGGAGGACAGAGAGGACUUUCUGGCUGAGUUUGAUGAGUACACUCUUGCCAAGUGCUACUUUGACCUCAGGGAGUAUGACCGGGCUGCUCAUUUCACCGACAAAUGCCAAAGCCAGAAAGUUUACUUCCUCCAUCUUUAUGCACGAUAUUUGGGUGGUGAGAAGAAGAAAUAUGAUGAAGUGGCAGACCUGACAGGUCCAAUCCAGUACAAGACCAUGAAGAAUGAGACACUGAAAGCAUUACGCAUUGAACUGAGCAAGAAGUAUACGGAGAACAAACUGGAUGGGUUCUGCCUGUACCUUUAUGGCAUUGUACUGAAGAAGUUGGAACUUUUAAAGGAUGCAGAGAAUGUACUGGUGGAGGCUGUGAGGCUGGAACCAUACCACUGGGGUGCAUGGAUAGAACUCACUAGUCUGGUCACCGACAAGGACAAGCUCAAUUCACUGGCUGUACCCGAUCUGUGGAUCAAGGAAUUCUUCCUGGCUCGGGCAUAUCUUGAGCUGCAAUUGAACGAAGAGGCUCUGAAGAAGUACACAGCGCUCAGUGAGGCUGGCUUCAGCAAGAGCACUUAUAUCAUCUCCCAGAUUGCUAUGGCCCAUCACAGUGUCAGAGAUAUGAAUCGAGCUGUGGAACUUUUUGGGCAGCUGCAGAAAGUUGACCCCUAUCGUCUAGAAAACAUGGACAUCUACUCCAACCUUUUGUAUGUUAAGGAAAUGAAAGCUGAACUGAGCUUUUUGGCACACCAAGUGUGUGAGGUGGACAAGUAUAGAGUUGAAACCUGCUGUGUUAUAGGUAAUUACUACUCGUUGAGAUCUCAACAUGAGAAAGCUGUCUUGUACUUCCAGCGAGCUCUGAAACUCAAUCCUCAUUACCUCUCGGCGUGGACUUUGAUGGGUCAUGAGUACAUGGAGAUGAAAAACACACCAGCUGCAAUUGAAGCCUACAGGCAGGCUAUUGAGUUGAACAAGAGAGAUUUCCGUGCCUGGUACUGCCUUGGACAAACUUAUGAAAUCCUACGCAUGCCAUCGUACAGUUUGUAUUACUACAGACAGGCACAGCAAAUCAGGCCUAACGAUUCCCGGAUGCUGGUUGCAUUAGGUGAGAGCUAUGAGAAGCUGGAGAAGAUGCAAGAAGCCAAGAAGUGUUACUGGCGAGCCUACUCAGUAGGAGACAUCGAAGGGACUGCUCUGAUCAAGCUAGCCAAGCUGCAUGAGGGGCAGGGAGAGGAGGAGAAAGCAGCAAACUUCUACACCAAGUAUGUGGAGCAGUCUGAAGCCAUGGGGACUGGGAUGGUUGAAGAGCAGUGUGAUGCUUAUCGAUUUCUGGCGACAUAUCACUUGAAACGACGGAACUUUGAAGAGGCCAGCAACUAUGCUCACAAGUGCUGUGAAUACACUGUGACAAGGGAAGAAGGCAAAGCCAUCCAGACAGAGAUAUCGCAGCUGCGUGCCAUUGAGGAGGCGGGGUCAGCAGAUAGCAAAGAUGGGGGUGAUGGAGGGUCGAUUACUCGUCAGCCACUCAACAUCAGUCAUGAUGGUGGGACAUCUGGUCAGCUAUCUCCAAUGAAUCUCACCUUCACACCGUGAUGAGCUAUGAACUUUUGCUGAAUUCUUUCUCAAACUGAUCUAAAUCCCUACCCUUUAGUGUUUGGUAACUUUUCACAAGUUCAUUUUCAAGGAAAAGUUUAAUGAUAUAUCAGAUAUUGGAGGAAAAAAACAACCGAAGGUAAACACCUUGAAGAAGAUUAAUUUCCCAAACAAAUGGCCAGAGAAGAAUCUCAUAUUUCAAGUUAACCCUGUGCAAUUUUGUGUGGAAUACUGAAGGUCUUUAAAAUACAUAAUCAUAUGCACAGAUUUGGACAGGUGUGAAUGAAAUGGUGGAUGUAAGCAGGCUCGUAGAGGCCAAUUUUUGUUCAAAUUCUGUUCGACGUGUGUUGUACUGCAUCCAAUACAUAGUGUAUCAGGAUUGGAACAAGCCUUAAGAUAAAAUCAUACAGGUGCUCGGCAAUAAGAUGUCAACCAUGAAUUAACCACAACAGCAGGUGCCACAAGUAAAGUUGUCUGAUACUACAACCAUGCAAAUUGUAUAUUAUUGUACAGAAUGUACAAGACAAUGUACUUUUUUUCUGUAGUGUCGCUGUGAUUACAGUUUUGUUUCUACUCAGCACUUAUUUGUAAAAUCAAGAAUACAUGUACAUUUAUAAGUAUAAAUUUCAUAUGUAGUGCGUGGGUAAUUCUAUAAAUUAGGAGUCCAGUUUUUUUCGUGUCCUUGUCACAUCUGACAUAUGAUUUGUAAGUUCAGAACGA